UCAAGAGACGGGGUGGAGGGAGACUCAAUGGCUCUCCCUCGGCCUGCGGAAGUCAAGCCGCCGAGAGGCGGGCCUACGACCGGAAGCAGGAAGGAGGGCGCAGGAAGCAGGCCCCGCAGCCGGGGACCGGCCGUCGGUGCGCGGGUCUGGCUGGUCGGGCAGGAUGGAGAAGCUGCGGCUCCUGGGUCUCCGCUACCAGGAGUACGUGACUCGUCACCCGGCCGCCACGGCCCAGCUGGAGACGGCAGUGCGGGGCCUCAGUUACCUGCUGGCAGGUCGCUUCGCUGAUUCACACGAGCUGUCCGAGCUGGUGUACUCAGCCUCCAACCUGCUGGUGCUGCUCAACGACGGCAUCCUCCGCAAGGAGCUGCGCAAGAACCUGCCCGUGCCGCUGUCGCAGCAGAAACUGCUGACAUGGCUGAGCGUGCUGGAGUGCGUGGAGGUCUUCAUGGAGAUGGGGGCCGCCAAGGUGUGGGGCGAAGUGGGCCGCUGGCUGGUCAUUGCCCUCAUCCAGCUGGCCAAGGCGGUGCUGCGGAUGUUCCUGCUGAUCUGGUUCAAGGCUGGCCUCCAGACCUCGCCACCCAUUGUCCCGCUGGACAGGGAGGCCCAGGCGCAGUCCCUGGACAGUGACCACAGCCCCGGUGGCCCGGAGCAGUCCUACGUGGGGAAACGGUCGAGCCGCGUGGUGCGCACCCUCCACAACACCCCAUCCCUGCACUCAAGGCACUGGGGGGCCCCCCAGCAGCGGGAGGGGCCGAAGCAGCCGCCCCCGGAGGAGCUGAGUGUCAACCCCACCCCGCUGGGACUGCAGGAGACAAUCGCCGAGUCCUUGCACAUCACCCGGCCCCUGCUGCACUUGAUUAGCCUGGGCCUCUGCGGUCAGCGGUCGUGGACGCCCUGGCUCCUGUCUGGGGUCGUGGAUGUGACCAGCCUGAGCCUCCUGAGUGACAGGAAGGACCUGACGCGGCGGGAGCGGCAGGAGCUGCGGCGCCGCACCAUCCUCCUGCUCUACUACCUCCUGCGCUCGCCCUUCUACGACCGCUUCUCCGAGGCCAGAAUCCUCCUCCUGCUCCGGCUGCUGACCAACCACGUCCCGGGCCUUGGCCUGGUCGCAAGGCCGCUCAUGGAGUACUUGCCCACCUGGCAGAAAAUUUAUUUCUACAGUUGGGGCUAACGUACAUCUUGGGGGGGGUGGG